AGUGUUGCCACCCCUUUGUGCACACACAGAGAGAGAGUAAAAAAACAGAGAGAGAGAGAGUAGAGAGAGAGACAGAGAGAUGUCAUGUGCAGUUGUGUCUCAACUGUAAAGCCGGAGGUAUCUGGAGGUAUCUGAGCUCUCCCUCAUAAUUUUUGCUUUCUUCCCUGGGACGGGACGCGUGCAACUCUAAUUUAUGUCAGUAUUCUCUGAUCGAGCGAAGAUGGUGUCUUCGCUCCAGAUUAUGUGGAUGUUCAAGGAUGGGGUGAUUCUGUUCUGUACACCGUUCCUGCUCCUCCCGCUGCCUCUACUGAUCGGAACCACGGAGGCAAGAUGUGCCUAUGUGAUAGCUCUGAUGGCAGUGUACUGGUGUACUGAGGUAUUGCCACUAGCGGUGACUGCUCUCCUGCCCGCUGUCCUUUUCCCUCUGUUUGGCAUCAUGGAGUCCAAGCAGGUGUGUAUGCAGUACCUGAAGGACACCAACAUGCUGUUUGUAGGCGGUCUGAUGGUGGCUGUUGCCGUGGAGACAUGGAACCUUCACAAGCGCAUCGCCCUCAGGGUUCUACUUGUUGUGGGGGUGCGGCCUGCCCUUCUGAUGCUAGGGUUCAUGGGUGUGACAGCGUUCCUGUCCAUGUGGAUCAGUAACACAGCCACCACAGCUAUGAUGGUCCCCAUUGUCCAGGCUGUUCUGGAGCAGCUCAACAGCCCACAGAAUGGGGAGAAGCCCUUGCCCAUCCCCCAGAGGCAGGAGAAUGGUAUGAUUCCUGAGGAAAGACUGGAGAACAGUUCAAAUCCACAGGACAAACUUAUCAUCCAGGACAAUCACAUUCCACUGGAGAAACCAGCCACAGAGGAUAAACUGGACUCCCCAGACAAACCAGUUCACCAGGACAACUCUCUGGCUGAUGGGAAGCCAGGUGAGGGGCACUGGGCUGGGGGCAGAGGUCAGAGCAGGGGGCUAGUGGUAGUGUCCAUGGUCUUGAAGGAGGGGACUGAAGCAGAGGAGCAGGUUGGGGAGGAAGAGGAGGAGAAGGAGAGGACGAAAAUGUGUAAAGGCUUGACGUUGUGUGUGUGUUACGCUGCCAGCAUCGGAGGCACUGCCACUCUCACUGGUACCGGACCCAACCUCGUCCUCACAGGGCAGAUGAGCCAACUCUUCCCUCAGAACGGUGACGUGGUUAACUUUGCCUCGUGGUUCGCCUUUGCCUUCCCCACAAUGCUGCUAAUGCUGACGCUGGCCUGGCUCUGGCUCCAGCUCGUCUUCAUCGGCUUCGAUCUGAAGCGUACGUGGGGCUGUGGUGCUGUGCAGUCAGAGAAAGAACAUGCAGCGUAUGAUUUGAUCCGUGAGGAGCAUCGUCGUCUGGGGCCAGUGUCCUAUGGAGAGUUGAGUGUCCUGGGGCUCUUCAUUCUGCUGGUGGUGUUGUGGUUCACACGAAGCCCAGGCUUCAUCAACGGAUGGGCAACCCACAUCUUCAACACAAAGGCAGAGUUUGUGACUGAUGCCACAGUGGCAGUGUUUGUUGCCGUGCUGUUGUUCGUCUUGCCCUCUGAGCCCCCCCGCUACCUCUGCUUCUGGAGAACACAGAGCUUUGACACAGAGCCCCCCCGCGGCCCCACCCCUGCCCUGCUGACCUGGCAGGUGACCCAGAGGAAGAUGCCCUGGAGCAUUGUACUGCUGCUCGGAGGAGGCUUCGCUCUGGCUAAGGGCAGCGAGGUGUCUGGUCUGUCGCGGUGGCUGGGUGAUCAGAUGAUACCUCUCUCCUCCAUCCCUCCCUGGGCCAUCGCAGUCAUCCUCUGUCUCCUCACUGCCAUCUUCACUGAGUGUGCCAGCAACGUGGCUACCGCUACACUCUUCCUGCCCAUCCUAGCUUCCAUGUCCCAAUCCAUAGGAGUGAACCCACUGUAUGUGAUGGUACCCUGUACCCUCAGUGCCUCCUUUGCCUUCAUGCUCCCUGUCGCCACGCCUCCUAACGCCAUCGUGUUCUCUUAUGGAUACCUGAAGGUGUCGGAUAUGGCUAAGACAGGUAUAGUGAUGAACAUCCUUGGGAUCCUGUGUAUCACUCUGGCCAUUAACAGCUGGGGUAGAGCCAUUUUCAACCUGGACACCUUCCCCUCCUGGGCCAACACCACCGCUAACAUCACUACAGGAGGAUGAGGGGGGGGGGGUGACCCCCAAAAACACCAUCAUAUGCCCCUGUACUGCAAUACCACUGCUACCGAUGCCAAAAAGGGGAUGAGGGAGGAGGAGACCACUGACAACCCUCACUGGGGCAACAGAGGGCUGGCCAUGGGAACACUGGUUUACUGGUUUAUUAUCAGUGUAUUUUAUACUUAUUAUGUACAGAUAAUAUUAUUAUAUUAUAUUGUAAUGAGGGAGCCUUAGAGAACUCGGAUGAUAAAUAACUUGUAAAAGCCAA